CGGGGCUCCCCCCGCCACGUGACCGGGGCCACGGCAGCCGCGCCGGGGGCGAUGCCCGGCGGGAAGCGGAAGAGACUUUGGAAUGCAGAAUGCACACCCUUCCCAGAUGAGACACCCCUACAUCUGAAAAAAUCAAAUGUCAGAACAUCACUGGCUGCUACUUCGAUUUCCAAUGCGUGGCUUAGGUGUGGGGAUGGUUUUCAGAGCACUUCAGUGCUGGAGUACCAGAGGCCUACUAAUAAGAAAUCAAGGAUUAAGAAGCAUCUUGGACCACUGUCAACAUCUGCUGAAAGUGCAGCAAAAGCUUCUGCUGCUGCUGAAAGCUCUAGGGAAGCCGAGGACAUAAUAUGGACCUCUAGUGGCAGUGAUUUUUCAGAUGAUGAAAAUAAAACAUUGAUUCCAAGGUUGCACAGCAAAAAAAAUCACGCUUCCAAACCAGAGGAAUCGCCUAGCAGGCAUGAUUUAUUGUUGGAGGACAAAAGUAGUGAAGAUGAAUUGGAGUUCAUUGAUUGGGAGAAUGAUAGUGAUUCUACCGAUAAGUGCGAUGGAUCAGAAAAAGAUGCCAGCUUACUAGAGAUAUCAGACUCGGACUCUUGCACAAAUAUUAAUUGUCUGCCUGUCAAAGAAGAGAAUGAUGAGCUUUGUAAGGCCACUUCGACAGAAAUAUCUGAGUAUUCAUCCGAUAAUGACAGCGUGGGAGAAGGAGAAACAAGCCUGGCGACCACUACUCGGGGAUCCACUGAGGGGUUACAGCCGAGGUUGGGAGCGGACACUGGGGAUGUCACAGCACGACCAGCCAGCGGGUGGCUGAGGUCUGCGCAGGCCCUUCUCCGCACCCCCGGGAAGCAGGCGGGCAAGGCCUCCCGAGGCCCCUCCGAGUCUGCCAAAAAGAGGAAGCUACUGAGGGGUGGGCUAGCUGAGAGGUUAUGUCGGCUGCAGAACAGAGAAAGAUCUGCCAUUAGCUUUUGGAGGCACCAGUGUAUUUCAGAUGCAAAUAUCCCCUCAGAUAAAUCUGGUGUCUUAAUUGUGAAGAUCUUAGAAAUAUUUGAGGAGUGUACAAUACAAGUUGCCAUCUGCCAGCAGCUGGAACAGUCUCCUGCUACGCUUUCACCCGAGGAUGCUGUCAUCAAUGCAGAAGAACCAAUACUCAAAGUCCUCUUUACAAGAGAGACAGCAGCUCACCUCAAGAGCAGACCACAGGAUGUCAUUCACAUCUAUCCCCCAUGGCAAAAAUUGCUUCUCAGAAAUGCAGAUGUUCCUGUUAUCAUGAAUACCUACUUUAGUCAGAAGGUGCUACUCAGUGAACAUUCAGAAGCAAGAGAGAAGACAUGUGGUCUUACAAAGAUGCUUAUCAGGAAGAAUGUUAUAUCUUUGGCACAGACCUUCAGACUGGAUGACCUUGAUGAUGAGUUACACCAGGAAUCUUCAGAUAAUCGGGUUGCUCAUGCUCCACAAAUCCAUAACAACUGUGAUUUGAAACGGCAUCCGUUAGCACUGAGUGCUCUUAAUGAUUCUCUGCUUGAAAUGGUGGAAAGCCAGGGAGCAGUGGCAUGGAGAGAAGCACAGGUACGAGUUGUUAUCCAAAGGGUGUACUGUUUGCCUGCAAGACAAGGUUGCAGAAGCCACAUUCAAGGAAACAAGCCUCUUUGUGCAACACCCAUCAUGAAUACAGAUCCACCAAAUGUUAGGUUAUGCCUCCUUGUCCAGGAUGCCUAUGGCAUGUUCAGUGAAGUGCAGCUGCAGUCCCUGAGUUCCACAGAUGACAUUGAACAGUAUUGCAGGAGAUGGGAAGGAAAAUUCUGCUGCUUAGCUGGAAUGAAAAUUUUACAGAGAGCUACAAGAGGAAGGGCAUUAGGACUUUUUAGUCUGAUAGACAGUCUGUGGCCUCCAGUAGUGCCUGUAAAAGUUCCCGGACAAAGUCAAGAUGCCGAAAUGGUGACAACUAAUCUUCCUCCUCCCAGCUUCUGUUAUAUUCUUACUAUUCAGUCUGGUGAAGUACAUGUGGAAGUGGAUGAGGAAGAACAGAUUUCUAAUUUGUACCAGCCACCAGCUGUUCAUGGUCUAAAGGAAAUUCUUCGGAUCGAUGGUUGUAACAAGCGUUGUAGCUUUGGGGCGCGAGUGCUCUACCUAAGGCUGCAGACAAAACACAGUGUUCCUAUAAAUCAAAGAGAGAUUUUGUUGUUUGUGACUGACUCCACAUUGCAAGAUGUGGUUCAUAUGACUCCAAAAGUUGUUGCUGUGGCAGUCACUGCAUCAUGUGCUCUCAGUACGGAAAUCACAGAAGCCCUCGGUGUUGCCUCGCGACUUGUCUUCUUCAAGGAUGCACUGUGGGGAAAUGGUAGGAUUAUUUGUGUUGAACGUACUGUUCUCUUAUUACAAAAGCCUCUUUUGUGCUCGGCUGCCAGUGCUGACCUCAGUGAGCUGACUGGCCCUGUCAGACUCGAUGAGCUGGAUUCUACAACACAGGCCAACUCCAUUUGUGCUCUAAGAGAUGGAAGAAUGACAAAAGGAGAAAUUAAUCCUACAACCUUGUCUUGUUUAAUCUGGAAUUUGUGCAGUUAUCACUAUGUUCCCACGCCUGGAUACCAACAUAGAAUAUAAAGUAUCUUCUUUAUACCUAUGCUACUGAUAUAUAUAGACGAUAACUCUCACUCUUAUGUGUAACUGAAAUAACUUAAUAGCAUUUAAGAGAUACAGUCACUGGUUUGGAUUUCAUUUAGUUAGUGCCUAUGUUUUCCUGCCGAAGUAGUGAAACUAAUAGCAUUGACCCUACUUUGUUGGUGGGAGAAUAUGUAUUUGAUGGAGUAAUGCAUGGAGGAAAAUAUAUAAUCUCUAAAAUUCAGUCACUGUCCCUGUCUGUUAACUCAGAGAGUUGUUAGUCUGGCUUUCAACGUGAAGCAGUCUUACUUCAUUCACUCUUUUUCUUUGUGCAUCCUUUUACUUCCUGUACUUUCAGUCAUCUACAUGUGCUGUACAUAGGCAGCCUCCCACCUAACACUUAAAAAAGCUGCACAGGCUUUACUCUACCCCUUCUUUGAAAGGAACUUAUGAAGUUCCUCCAGUUCAAGCUCCUUCUUACAGCUGGGCCCUGAGCAACUUGGUACAACUCUGGUCUGGAUGAACUUCAGAGGUUCCUCCCCCAUCGAAAUGGACAAUGUUGCAGAUCCAAUAAGUUUGUCAGAAAUUCUUGUUUCAGGGAGGUCCAGUCAUACCAGCUGUGGGAUGGAAUGUGUUGCUCUUCAACAGAUGAGUGAAAACCUGUGGUUGUUUUCUAAUAAAAAGUUUAUUCGUCUUUGCAAGAUAAAUCUGUGGUUUUCACCUGUGAGCUCAGGGUUAAUAUAUUUAUUUUCUUAUCACUGUGCAUUGGAAUGUAAUUUCCAACCUCUUUUUUCUGUAUAGUAGCAGUCAGGAUGACUUAAAUGUUGGCAGUUCAUACUGCACAAAAUUGUUUUUCCUCUUAAUCAUGCUUAUGAGCAAAUUCUAGUUAGUCCAUACCACAUAUGAUAUGUGGGAAUAUUACUUGAUUAAUGAUAUUUGCCUAGUAUGUGACUCACCACCAGUGAUUGAAUUUUGACGUUGAAUGUUUUCAUAUUGAAGUCUUUAUUCAGGGGUG